UUCGGAUGUGAGACAAAUCCUAACUAAUGUACUGUAAGGUGUGGGUUUAGGAAAUGUUUCAAAGAGAAAUGAAACUUAAGAUAAACAAAUAAUCGAAAGAGAAUAGUUUUACACAAAUGUUUCGCAAUCCGUCACUCCCUUCAAAUUGCAGAUUGAUUUCAUCAUGAGUAUACCGUUUGUUCCCGGGUUGGAACAAGGCACAUCAUUUGAGGGUAACAUUGAAAUCAAUGAGUCCGAUGUUAGUACCUACAUAUUCUGUGCUGGAAAGGAAAUCCCAAAGGUAUCCAGAGAGGAGAUAUCAGACUUUGGUGAAGAAGGAUUUCUUCUUCAGAAUGUAUUUACACUGGAAGAGUGUGAGGAAAUUAUUGCAAAUGGAGAGAAAAUCGGAUUUCAGACCAUCAUAGGUGUUAAAGAUGAUUACAGAAGUUGUAAGAGGAUUACCUUACAAAGCCAGAGUCUUGCUGAUGCCCUUUGGUUGAGGAUCAAGGACCAUGUCACAGACAUAGACAUAGAAGGUGAUCCCCAUAUACAGCACAUACACGGCUCUCCCAUGUUGAUGAAAGGAACUUGGACACCUGUCUGCCUCAACAAUAUAUUCAGGCUCUGCAGAUACCUACCUGGUGGUCACUUUGCCCCACAUUUUGAUGGUCACUUUGAUCGGUCAGCAAACGAGCGGUCACUGAAGACCUUCAUGGUGUAUCUCAACGGUGGCUUUGAAGGAGGUGCCACAAACUUUGUGGAUGACAGACAGCAGUUAUACAAGGAUGAGAGCACAGGAAAAUAUUGUGCGGAGGAAACGAAUAUCUUGUGCUCCAUCAAGCCUGAAGCUGGUCUAGCCAUCAUCUUCAAUCACUUUAGACUGCAUGAGGGGGAACAACUCAAGUCUGGACAGAAGUACAUCCUGCGGACGGAUGUAAUGUACAAAAAUGUGGACCAAAAUCUCAGUGAGGACUUUGUGAUUGCCGUGGGCCUUCUGCAACGGGCAGAGACACUAGAGAACGGGGGAGAGUGUUUGCAGGCAGCUGAGAUGUACAGGAAGGCCUUCAAGCUGGCCCCUGAACUUGAGAAAGUCACCUGAUGAAGGGAACGUUAAGGAGUGCUCAGGACUUCCAAAACCUUUAAAGCCUCCUUUUGGGAAAACAGGGCUUAAUGCAUGUGCAUGAAGUGUUGCAGUCCGCACAGGCUAAUCAAGGACAGCGUUAUUCUCUUUGCAAUUUUUUCGCUUACAGGAGGUCUUUUCUAAAUAAAAAUCCAUUGUAGGCGGAAAGUGUUGUCCAUGAUUGGCCUGUGCGGACUGCACGGGCUUAUCUGGGAGGACACUUAACGCAUAUGCAUUAAGCCCAAUUUUCCCAUGAAUUAGGCUUAUCAGUUACCAUAAUGUUGACUGAGUAAAUGUCUCAGAAAAUAUUGGCAAGCCUAAAACAGUGCCUUGAAAUGCAAAGCAAGCAGACAAUAUGUUGAGUGCCAAAAGUUAAAUGGUAUGAUUAUAUCUAUAGAGAUAGAAAAAAACAACUCCAAUGGAAUUGGUUUCAUCAUCUCAUAUAGCAAGCAUUUAUUUGCUCUUGUUUGUUUAAGGGGGAGGGGGGUAAUUUAUAUGCAAUACAUAUUUGUGCAAUUUUAUGGAAACUUGAAUGAGUUGUAAGGUAUCUUACGUUUUGUUUACUUUUAGAUUGAUUUACAUGAAGUUUUUUCUUAUGUACAUGUAAUUUAA